GUCAACUAAGCAACAGGAACAAAGUUGUGGAACCUGGGUCCACAGUACCGCGGUGUCCACCCGUGAAAUGUAAUAACCAUCUCUCUGUUUCCAAGAGACAGCGUAUCGUGCGCGUCUAGGAGCACGGUAGCUGUGCUUAGCUUUGCGUUGCUAUAAGGCGUCUCUGAAAGAUUUUUUUGGGCACAUUGUGAAGACUGGAUGCGCCUGAGGACGGUUCUUUUUAGUUAGCUAACGUUAAGUAGUUGGUUGAGAAGAGUGCGUCGUUCCCGAGUAGAAAAUGGCUUAAAUUAAUUGGAUUAAUGCACUUCUUUUUUGACUUUUUAACUUUUUUUCCAGUACAUUUUUACUGUAUUUGUCUAUCCACGCGUUGGACUUGUUUUGAGGGAGCACGUCACCUGACUCCUUGGUGACAGCAGAGGUGCAGAAAGAGGGCUGCACUGUGUGUCAAGAGGCCUGGGACUGUAUCACGCAAUUUCACCAAAAAACCAUUGAAUUUAUUGGCCACCAUGGCAUCACACGGUGACACCGCAGAGGGAGGAGCUAAGGAAGAGUUCAAUGACAUCAUCAAGUGGAGAUCUGAUGAGCACGAUGCAGUACAGAAGAAAACAUUCACCAAAUGGAUAAAUGCACAGUUCUCCAAGACGGGGAAGACGCCCAUCAAAGAUAUGUUCUCUGACCUGAAGGAUGGAAGGAAGCUGCUGGACCUGCUGGAGGGUCUCACUGGCACUGUACUGACCAAAGAGAGAGGAUCCACCAGAGUGCACGCUCUCAACAACGUCAACAAAGUACUUCAAGUCCUGCAUCAAAAUAAUGUUGAUCUGGUAAACAUAGGAGGGACAGAUAUUGUGGACGGGAACCACAAGCUGACUUUGGGCCUCAUCUGGAGCAUUAUUCUUCACUGGCAGGUUAAAGACAUCAUGAAGGACAUCAUGUCCAACCUGCAGCAGACCAACAGUGAGAAAAUCUUACUGAGCUGGGUACGCCAGUGCACCCGCUCACACCCAGAAGUCAAUGUGCUGAACUUCACCACCAGCUGGGCCGACGGCCUGGCUCUCAACAGCAUCCUACACCACUUCAGGCCAAAUGCAUUCAGCUGGGAUCAGGUGGUCAGAAUGAGCCCUGUCGAGCGACUGGACCAUGCCUUCACUGUAGCCAAAGACCAGCUGGCUAUUGAGAGGCUGCUGGAUCCUGAAGAUGUGGCGGUGCAGUUACCAGAUAAGAAGUCCAUCAUCAUGUACGUAACGUCGCUCUUCGCCGUGCUGCCCAAAGACGUGAGCAUGGAAGCUAUCAGAGAAGUGGAAACCCUGCCGCGCAAAUACAAAGUGGAGUCUGAGGACUCAGGUCCAGGCCUCAGUGCUCAGAAUGUUCAGAUGGAGGAAGCAGGCAGCAGCCCCCGACCCGAGACCCCCAGCACCCUAACAGAGACAGAAGGGGAGAUGGACAGCCUCCUGGAUGUAGACCUGGACAGCUACCAGACCACGCUAGAGGAGGUACUGACCUGGCUGCUGUCAGCAGAGGAUGCCCUGCAGAUUCAGGAGGAGGUGUCGGACGAUGUGGAAGAAGUCAAAGAGCAGUUUCACACGCAUGAGGCCUUCAUGAUGGAGCUGACAGCGCACCAAAGCAGUGUGGGUAAUGUGCUCCAGGCGGGAAACCAACUGAUUGCUCAGGGCAAUCUGACAGAUGAGGAAGAAGAGGAAAUCAGGGAGCAGAUGAGCCUUCUCAACUCCCGCUGGGAGAACCUCCGAGUGGCCAGCAUGGAUCGUCAGGCCAGACUCCAUGAAGUCCUGAUGGAUCUCCAGCAGCAGCAGUUACAGCAGCUCUCUGACUGGCUGACACUGACGGAGGAGCGAAUCAGAAAGAUAGAGACAGAACCGGCAGCUAAAGACCUGGAGCUCUACAAAGAACAGAUAGAGCAGCACAAAGAGCUUCAGAACGACUUGGAGGCGGAGCAGGUGAAGGUCAACUCUCUAACACACAUGGUGGUUGUGGUAGAUGAGAACAGCGGUGAGAGCGCCACUGCUGCACUGGAGGAGCAACUACAAUCUCUGGGAGAGCGCUGGGCGGCUGUCUGUCGCUGGACAGAGGAGCGGUGGCACAAGCUGCAGGAAGUCUUCAUGGUGUGGCAGCAGCUUACAUCAGACCAGAGUUUGUUUGGAGCUUGGUUGGCAGAAAAAGAAGAGGCCUUGAGUGAAGUACAGACCAGCAACUUUAAGGACCCGAGUGAAAUGAAUACCAAUGUGCGCCGAUUAGCAAUUUUAAAGGAAGACAUGGAAAAGAAGAGGAGGACUCUUGACCAGCUGUCCGAUGCAGGACGGGAUGUAAUAUUGCUACUACGGAGCCCUGAGGCCGGAGCCAAGAUUGAGACAGACACAGAGGAGCUUGCACAUAGAUGGGACAACCUGGUGCAGAAGCUGGAGGACUGCUCCUUUCAGGUAAUGGAAGCAGUGACCGACGCCGGGAUGACUCAGGUGGAAGAGCAGGUCGUCGUGGAUACAGUUGCUGUGGCUGCGGCUGCUUCGCUGGCUGACCAGGAGCUGGCCCCACCUGCUCCCCCUAAGAAACGACUGGUGGAGACAGACGCAGAAGUCAGACGAUUGUUUGAAAAUAAGCUUUCAGACCUCCUGAGCUGGGUUAAAAAAUGGACGUCGUCUGCUCAGGCGCUCGCCUCCACACACCCUGACACUACACCUGGCACUUCAGACCUGCAGGAGAAACUCAAGGGUUUGGAGUUGGACCUCAAAACAAAGGAAGCCACCGUUGGUCAAGUGAUCCAGGAGGGACACGUCUUGAUGGACCAGCUGGAGAGAGAGGGAGUGUGUGUGGACUCAGUGAGGGCAGACAUAGACCUGAUCCAAACAGAGUGGGAUGUGUGUGCGAGGGAGCUAAAGGCAGCACGUGAGCGAGUUCACACUCAAAGCCGGGUGACAGCGGUGUCUGCAGAGCUGGCAGACCUGGACCGAGCCUUUGAGGAGCAGGACCGGUGGCUAGACUCGAACCCGGCUGUGGAAAAGUGCAACGAGGCCGAGCUCAGAGGCCUGAGUGGAGAAUGUCAGUCCCGACUUGUCCAGGUCAGUGCUUCGAGUCCGCGACUGGAGCAGCUUUCUGCAGAUGUGGGGUCACUAGGAGCCGUGCCUUCUUUGAAAGACAACAUGGUGGUUGUGUCGGCACAUCACGCCUCCACACUACAGCGACUACAGGGCAGAGAGCAAGAGGUCAACAAAGCUUUGGCCAGUCUUGAGGCCAGCCAGAUGGUGUCAAACCAGGUGGAGGGUCUAGAGGCUAGACUGGCCACUCUGAGACAAAGAAUAGUGGACAUCCCUACUGCUGAGGGGGCGGUUGAGCGGGCACAGGGCCUGUGUCUGGAGAUUGAACAAACACAGCAAGCCUCCGAUCCAGCAGAACUACAAAGAUGGAGUCAGCUCUCCUCCAGGGCCCGUGAGGAGCUGGGUACACUGCAGUGCAUCCUGGGUAGCAUGAAGGACUAUCAGGUGCGUUUAGUGGAAGUGGAUCGUUGGUUGGAUGCGGUUCAGGAGCUGUUGUCUCGUGAUGCUACAGGGUUGGGCGACAAAGAGGCUCUACAGGAAGAGCUUAACCAGUGCAAGGAGUAUGUGAAUGAGAUGGAGUCAGUGGAAGGUUCGUUGAAGCAGAUGGGAGAGAAUGUGAGCGCCAUACAGACAGUUGCAGUCCCGGGACUAGCCAAAUGGGGGCAGGAUAAGUUGAACGAGUGCCGAAGCAAAUGGGAUGAUCUCAGCAAACAGCUGCUGAGACAUCAGGACCGUGUGGCAGAGAGUCGGGAGAGGCAGGUGAAUCUGAGGAAGGACUUGGCGGAAAUGCAGGAGUGGAUGACCCAGGUUGAUGAGGAGUUUCUCAUGAGGGACUUUGAGUACAAGAGUCCUGAGGAGCUUGAAGGGUCGCUGGAGGAAAUGAAGAGGGCUAAAGAGGAUGUGCUCCAGAAGGAGGUGAAGGUGAAGAUCCUGAAAGAUAGCAUUAACAUGCUGGUGUCCAGAACAUCACCCCCUGGUGGAGGAGGAGGCAGUGCACAGGAGCUGACCUCAGAGCUCGAUGGGGUUCUUGCCAACUACCACAAGCUUUGUGACCGCUUCAAGAGCAAGUGUCACACUCUGGAGGAGGUUUGGUCCUGUUGGAUGGAGUUGCUUCAGUAUCUGGAUAUGGAGGAGAGUUGGCUCAACAGUCUUGGGGAGAAGGUCCAAGCUACUGAAAACUUACCAGAGAGCACUGAAUCUGUCAAUGAAGCUCUGGAGUCUCUGGAGAGUGCGCUUCGCCACCCUGGGGACAACCGGACACAAAUCAGAGAGCUGGGUCAGACGCUGAUAGACGGGGGCAUUCUGGAUGAACUCAUUAGCGAAAAACUAGAGGCCUUCAAUUCACGUUACGAGCAGCUCAACCACCAGGCGGUGAACAGGCAGAUCAGCCUUGAGCAGCAGCUGCAGACUUUGAAGGAGAACGAACAGGCGCUCCAAACUCUGCAGGAGUCUCUGAGCCAGCUGGACCACACACUCACCUCCUAUCUCACUGACCGCGUCGACGCCUUCCAGCUCCCGCAGGAGGCACAGACCAUCGGGGCAGAGAUCGCAGCCCACGAGGCAACAGUGGAAGAGAUGAGGAAGAGGAACGUGGCCAACCUGCCUCCCCCCACCACUGAUGGCAAAGCUGCCCGGGGUGGGACCAUGCUGGACCAGCUACAGAGGAAACUGAGAGAGAUCUCCACAAAGUACCAGCUGUUCCAGAAGCCAGCUAACUUUGAGCAGCGCAUGUUGGACUGUAAGAGGGUCCUGGAUGGUGCCAAGGCUGAGCUACCCAUUCUGGAUGCCAGAGAUGUUGACCCAGAAAAAAUCCAGACCCACCUCAAUGGUUGCAUGAAAUUAUACAAGUUGCUGAGCGAGGUGAAGCUGGAGGUGGAGACGGUGAUAAAGACCGGUCGGCAGAUUGUGCAGAAACAGCAGACGGAGAACCCCAAGGCCAUGGAUGAACAGCUCACGGCUCUCAAACUACUAUACAAUGACCUGGGGGCACAGGUAACUGAAGGCAAGCAGGACCUGGAAAAAGCUUUGUCUCUGUCUCAGAAGUUCCAGAAGGAGAGUGCCGCCCUGGAGGAGUGGCUGACCACCAACGAGGCUCAGCUCCAGCAGAAGAACAGCUGUGGAGACAUGCCCGCUGACAUUGAUGCUGAGAUAGCAUGGGCUAAUGGCCUGCUAAAGGAGUCAGAGCGUCGUAAGGCGGAGCUGUCCAGCCUGAUGGAGACCAGUGCAGGUUUGCAGACUCUGGUGGAGGGCAGCGAGGCUCAGUUGGAGGACAAACUCUGUGGCCUGAAUGAAGCCUGGGGCCGUGUCCGCACCUGGACCGAGGACUGGCUCAGCGCUGUGCUGAGUCACCAGAAUGAAGUGGAAAUUUUCGACGAGAACUUGGCUCACAUAAGCACCUGGCUCUACCAGACCCAGAUCCACCUGGAUGAGGCCGAGCGGCUCGCCCCGACAGAGAGGGAGAAGGUGGUAAAGCGUAUGCUGGAGGAGCUUGAGGACAUCAGUCUGCGUGUGGACAACGUGAGGGACCAGGCCAUCAUCCUGAUGACCAGCAGGGGGCCCGCCUGCCGAGAGGUUGUGGAGCCCAAACUGGCUGAGCUCAACUGCAACUUUGAAAAAGUAUCCCAACACAUCAAAACUGCCAAGAUGAUGACCAGUCUGGAGUCCAGUGGUGUGGAGUUGAACCAGCAGAUACCUCAGCAGGUUAUUUACAGCCAGGAGGUCCGAGCAGAGAGCCAGACUCAGACUCGUCCUGCUGAGGUUUUGGCCUCCAGUGAGGUGAAGGACCUGCAGGCAGAGCUCCAGGACACACUGAAGGCUCUGCAGCAGCAGCAAGACCCUGCAAACAGCCUGGAUGAUGACAAGGUACACAAGAUGGAUGAGGAGAAAGCCAGUGUGGAAGACUUGCUGAGAAGAGGAGAAGAACUGCUGCAGCAAACUUCAGACGACGGCCAGAGGGAAGAGUUGAGACUUCUACUGCUCCGGCUGCAGAGCCAGUAUUCUUCUCACAGGGAGCUGAGGGUGCUACGAAUCAGGCAGGUGGAAGUCUCAGAGUCGUCGUCUACUCUCAUCUUCUCAGAGCAGACAAGAGACUUCUCAGUUGGGGAGAUGUCUUCAGUGGAGCGUAGCAGUGCUCCCUCAAUGACUCCCUCAGACUACCUGUUGGACAUCAACAAAGUGCUCCUCGCCAUGGCUGACAACGAGUUGCUUCUGAACUCGUCUGAGCUCAGCGGGGGGCUUUAUGAAGACUUCUCUAGCCAGGAGGACACACUGAGGAAUAUCAAAGAAAAUCUAGAGCACGUUGGCGAGCAGGUCACAGGGAUCCACGAGCGGCAGCCAGAUGCCAUUCGAGAUGCCUCACCUGCUGAUGUUGCCCAGAUCGGAGACGCCCUCACACAGCUCAACGCCGAGUGGGACCGCCUCAACCGCAUGUACAACCACCGCAAGGGGAGUUUCGACCGUGCUGUAGAGGAGUGGAGGCAAUUCCACUGCGACAUGAAUGACCUGAACCAGUGGCUGACUAAUACAGAGACCCUGCUGUCAGAGAGCAUUGGCCCUGAUGGACAGCUGGACUUGAACUCUGCACGACAACACCAAGAGGAGCUGGAGGAAGGUCUUGUCAGCCACCAGCCUGUCCUGGCCGAACUGACCCGCACUGGGGAGCAGAUAAUUGGGCAGCUGUCAUCCCCUGACGGAUCCCUGCUUGAAGAAAAGCUGGACACCCUUGGUCAGCGGUGGAGAGCUGUCAACCGCCAGGUCAUCGAAAGACAGCGCAGGUUGGCUGGAGGAGACCCAGCCCUGUCAGACCUGGUGAGGAGGCGCGAGGAGCUGGCUCUAUGGUUGGAGCAGGCAGAGAAUGCUGUCAGCUCCCUACCUGUCACUGCCACCGACAACAACCUCAAAGAACUCAAGGCCCUUGCAGAGGAAAUGGACGCACAGAAUGAACGUCUCGGAUGGCUUAACAAGCAUGCCCCACAGAUCCUGGCCAGUCCCAGUGUGAGCCCACAGAGCAGAGACCAGCAUGUUGGCAAACUGAGAGCAAUCAACCUCAGCUGGAGCAAGGUGACCCAUGAGUUGUUGGACAAAGUGGGGGAGGUGGAGACCAACCUGCAAAGCCAUGCCCAGUUCCAGGACAGGAUGAACAGACUCACUGACUGGGUCGUCGUCACGCACCAGACAAUCAUGACCAGAGGCUUGACCCCUGGCCAAGCACAGGCUCUGGAGAUCUCUAUGAAAGACAGGAAGAAGGACCUGGAGGACCUGUUGGCUCAUUCUAUAGAGCUACAGAGACGACAGCAGCUGAUGCCUCAGGAAAAGAGCAAGGUAGAGCAGCUUGCAGGUGAUUGGAAAGCUCUGGAUGGUCGACUGAGGGAAACUCUGCAGCCACCCGUGUCUCCAUGGGCACAGCACCAACAUGUCGUCCAGCACCAGCAGCUUGUGUCUGCAGUCCCCUCAGCCGUGCAGAUGGCCAGCCUCGUGAGCGAGGACCCCCACCACCAAACCCCACACACGCCGGACACCGUGGCACCCACCGACCUCAAUGAGACAGCCACCGAACUGGCAGACUGGCUCCUCCUUAUCACACAGAUGCUAAAGUCUAACAUUGUCACUGUGGGGGACACGGAGGAAAUCAGGACCACUAUGGGACGUCUUCAGGUAACGAAGAGUGACCUAGAACAGCGUCACCCCCAGCUGGAGGACAUUUUCACCCUGGCACAGAACAUCAAAAACAAGACCUCUAAUCUGGAUGUUCGCACAUCCAUUACUGAGAAACUGGAGAAGGUACGCAGCCAGUGGGACAGCACUCAGCAUGGCGUCGAGGCACGGCUCCAGCAGCUGGACAACAUGAUUGGACACAGCAACCAGUGGGAGGAGCAGAGGAGGGAGGUGAAUGCUCUUAUUGGGCACAACGAAGGACGUUUCCACUAUCUUCUUCAGCAGUCGGGCGAUCCCCUGACCAAACAACUUGCUGACAACAAGGCAUUCCUCCAAGACCUGGGCCGAGGCCAAGCUACAGUCGUGGCCUUCAACGAGCUGUCCAAUCAUCUUCUGCGGGAGUAUUCUACUGACGACACCAGGAGGAUCAAAGAGGUCACAGAAAAGCACAACGCUGCCUGGAACAGCAUCAAUAAUAGGGCAAGUGACCGCCACGCCCAGCUGGACAAUGAACUGAAGGGCCUGCAGAUGUCUCUCAGGGAGCUGGAGUCCUUCCUCAAAUGGCUCCAGGAGGCAGAGACGACAGUCAACGUUCUGGCCGAUGCCUCUCAGAGGGAAGACCUGUCGCAGGACUCCGCCCACGCGAAGGAGCUGAGGCGACAACUGGAGGACAUCCAGGCUGAGAUCGAUGCCCACAAUGACAUCUACAAGAGUGUGGACGGGAACAAGUCGAAGAUGGUCAAGGCACUGGGCAGCUCAGAGGAAGCUGUGUUCCUUCAACACAGACUGGAUGACAUGAACCAACGCUGGAGCGACCUGAAGGCCAAAUCGGCCAACAUCAGAGCCCACCUGGAGGCAAGUGCUGAGCGCUGGUCUCGUCUGCUGGGCCUCCUGGAGGAGCUGUGGAGGUGGAUCUGCAUGAAGGAUGAGGAGCUGGCCAAGCAGAUGCCCAUCGGAGGAGAUGUCCCCACCCUGCUGCAGCAGCAGAACCACUGUACGGUACUACGGUCAGAACUGAAGGAACGUGAGCACUUGGUGAUCAGUACUUUGGAUCAAGCCCGGAUGUUUCUCGCUGACCAGCCCAUCGAGGGUCCCGGAGAGCCACGCAAGAACCUGCAGCCAAAGACAGACCUCACCCCGGAGGAGAAGGCUCGAGGGUUGGCCCGAGCCAUCCGCAAGCAGACGGGCGAGGUGAGGGAGCGAUGGGAGCGUCUGAAAGGACACAUGGGUGGCUGGCAGAGUCAGGUGGAGCGAGCCUUGGAGCGACUCCAGGAGCUGCAGAGCUCCAUGGACCAGCUGGACCUCCGGCUGACUCGGGCGGAGGAGGCCAAAGCUACCUGGCAGCCUGUGGGCGAUCUGCUGAUUGACUCUCUGCAGGACCACAUCGACAAGACCGUGACCUUCAGAGAAGAAAUCGCCCCAUUACGUCAGGAUGUAAGAAUCGUCAAUGAGCUUUCUGCAGAGCUGACACCGUUGGACAUCCAGCUGUCCUCUACUGCCUCCAGACAACUGGACCAGCUCAACAUGAGAUGGAAACUACUACAGGUGGCAGUGGAGGACAGACUGAAGCUGCUUCAGGAAGCCCACCGAGACUUCGGCCCCUCCUCCCAACAUUUCCUCUCCACAUCUGUACAGCUCCCCUGGCAACGUGCAGUCUCUCAGAAUAAGGUUCCAUAUUACAUCAAUCAUCAGACACAGACAACCUGCUGGGACCAUCCAAAGAUGACAGAGCUCUACCAGUCACUAGCGGACUUAAACAAUGUGAGAUUCUCAGCAUACCGAACAGCCAUGAAGAUCCGCAGACUACAGAAGGCACUGUGCUUGGACCUGUUGGACCUCAGCGUGGCUCAGAACACCUUCGAGCAGCACAAGCUCACCAACAACAAUCAGCUGCUGUCCGUCCCCGACGUCAUCAACUGCCUGACGUCAAUCUACGACGGCCUGGAGCAGGAGCACAAAGACCUGGUCAACGUGCCGCUCUGUGUUGACAUGUGUCUAAACUGGCUGCUCAAUGUUUAUGACACUGGUCGCAGUGGCAAGAUCCGUGUCCUAUCCAUGAAGAUCGGUUUGCUCUCUCUCUGCAAGGGACAUCUGGAGGAGAAAUACAAAUACCUCUUCAGCCAGGUAGCGUCAGCAGGUGAUACAUGUGACCAGAGGCAGCUCGGUCUGCUGCUUCACGAAGCCAUCCAGGUCCCAAGGCAGCUAGGGGAGGUGGCCGCCUUCGGAGGCUCCAACAUCGAACCCAGUGUGCGCAGCUGCUUCCAGCACGUGACCAAUAAGGUGGAGCUGGAGCCUCGGCAGUUUAUUGAUUGGAUGCGUCUGGAGCCCCAGUCCAUGGUUUGGCUACCUGUCCUGCACAGAGUGGCUGCAGCAGAGACGGCAAAACAUCAGGCCAAGUGUAACAUCUGCAAGGAGUGUCCUAUCGUUGGCUUCAGGUAUCGCAGUCUGAAGCAUUUCAACUAUGACGUGUGUCAGAGCUGCUUCUUUUCUGGGCGCACUGCCAAGGGCCACAAGCUCAACUACCCCAUGGUGGAGUACUGCACACCGACGACAUCAGGUGAGGACAUGCGUGAUUUCACCAAAGUGCUGAAGAACAAGUUCCGAUCGAAGAAGUACUUUGCCAAACAUCCUCGGCUAGGUUACCUACCGGUCCAGACAGUCCUAGAGGGCGACAACAUGGAAACUCCCGUCACCCUCAUCAGCAUGUGUCCGGAGCAGUAUGAGCUGUCCCAGUCACCUCAGCUCUCUCAUGAUGACACCCACUCCAGGAUAGAGCAGUAUGCCAGCAGGUUGGCUCAGAUGGAGCGCUCCAACGGCUCUCUGCCCACAGACAGCAGCUCAGCCACAGGAAGCAUGGAUGACGAGCAUGCCCUGAUCCUGCAGUACUGUCAGACGCUGGGUGGGGAGGGCUCCCCCUGCAGUCAGCCCCAGAGUCCUGCCCAGAUCCUGCAGGCAGUGGAGAGGGAGGAAAGAGGCGAGCUGGAGCGGAUCAUAGCUCGACUGGAGGAGGAGCAGAGGAGCCUGCAGAGGGAGUACGAGCAGCUAAAGGAGCAGCACGGCCAGCGAGGGGCCCCUGCUGGAGGCUCCUGGGACUCAGAGGGUCCUUUUGCCCAUCCUGACGAGGCCGAUCUUCUAGCUGAGGCCAAGCUGCUACGACAACACAAGGGUCGGCUGGAGGCCCGCAUGCACAUCCUGGAGGAACACAACAAACAGCUGGAGUCUCAGCUCCACCGCCUCCGACAGCUACUGCACCAGCCGGAGAUGGACUCAAGGGUAAAUGGAGUGUCCUCUCCCACUGUGCAAGAUAGAGGGCCACUUACUGAAAACUCAGAUGAGCUGCUGGACUCCCACCACAGCAGCUCUGACCUGGCAGAUGUAAUGGAGCAGAUUAACAACUCCUUCCCUGCAUGCAGUCCAGCCUCGAGCCUCUCUUCAAGACCACAGGUGAUGUGAGGACUGUCACCACAUGUGAGUGUGUGUGUGCGCGCAGCAAGUGUUGGAGGAGACAGGACCAUUCCCAAACACACAAUCCCCCCCCCCCCCCCCCCCCCCCCCCCCCCCCCCCCCCCCCCCCCCCCCGACCCUAAAUCCCAAAGACGCACAGGACCAGACAACUUAACUACUUUUACCACCUUGUCUUGUACUAUGCAAUCUGUACAUUUUAUGAACUGUAGAUUGUACCUGAACAUGGUUCAACAUUUGUCAGUGAUUUGUUUAGAUAUGCAGAUGAGUAUAUGGACACGGGGCUUUGUAUAGUAAAAUAUGCUUUUUUGUUUUUGUUUUUUAGAGGGUGGUUUGAGAUUUGUGUUUCGUUCUUGUUAAGUUCGGCCCUCACUGGGAAUUAAACUGUUACAUUUUUUGUCAUUCCACUGCUUUGUACCCUCCAAUUGCAAUUAUUUGUCAAUGGAAGUAGCCACAGGUUUCCAUGUUUUGGAGCACACACAGUUCCUGAGUAAUAACAUCUAAUGGCCCAAAGGAUCGUUUUGAAGACGUCACUUCUUAAAGCAUCAGUUUUAUUUUGAAGAUCUAUCUCGUAGCAUGCUUGAUGUCAAGUUCCCCUUUAAAGCAUUGAUAUGCCGGCAGACUUUGUGUCAACUGCGAUUUGUAAAUGUAAACUUUACCCCUUCUGUGCCUAUACAGUUUGUCAUUCCACGUGUGGAAGACAGAGAUAAGAGUUGAUGAAUGAAAGUGGGAUUCUGUAUAAAGAGAGAGGUUUUGGAGAAUGAAGAUUUAAAUCUACAGUUGUUCUGAAAUUGGGUUUGUAAGAGGCCCGCUAUCAUCAUGUAGAAUAGUUAUUUUUUUUUAAGAUAUAUGUUCAGAAAUCAGAGGAAAGCCAUGAUUGCCUUGCUACCUCAGACUCAUAGACACAGUUUUGUUUUCGUGGUUUGUAAAGUUGUUUUAAAACAAUUGUGAUCAUUUACAGAACAAGAACAACCUGGUUUAGCAUUCUAAGCUUUAGCUUACUGUAUUGGUGUACACUGCAAUGAGGAGAUACCAAGUAAAAAAAAGUUACUAUUACUGUACCACAAUGGGUCUGUGGCCUGCUGAAGCUAGCCGCCCGUUUUGACGAGUAUUACUUUCUGUUGUUGGUUUUUCCACUGGCCUUCUAGCACUGGUCCCUCACUGCGUUGUGUUGUUGUGCUAUAUGCUAUCCUGUAAAACUUGUGAGACUGAACAACACUACUAUAACCUCCUCUGACUGUAGACUAAUGAUGAUGAUGUUGGUGAUGAUUUUAAUGAUUCCAGUCAUGAUGAACCAUACCAUGGCAGAACUGUGUCGCUUCUCCUGAGGUAUGUAAAAUAGAUUGACCACACUACGUGUAAUAUGGCUACGUUUUAUUCUAAAUAAAAUUUUUAUAACAAGUAUG